CUUUUCCAAAUGUUGUAGUGCUAAAUCUCUCGGUGACGGGGCUAGAAAGGUGAGAAAUAAAAUAAUAAAUGGAAUCCAUAGCUGGAAUAAUUUAUCUGCACAAAGAGGCGUCUAUUCCAAUUCUAUUCCAUUGAAAUUCCAUGGCCACGCUUUCCAGGUGUCAUGUUUCCCAGGCAGAAUUAAGGAAAUGGACCGUCUAUGAGCAGAAUCAGCAGGGGUAAUUUAAAUUGCGUGUCAUCCUCUUCGCAUCGGGUUAUUAAACCAGUCGGGUUUUUUUUUUGACAACAACUACUGUUUAGGUAACGCUGUGUUAUAUGCAAAAAAACGACAAGAAACUGAAGUGCAAUUUUAUUCCUACGCCACUGGCCUAGGUGUGAAUCAGACAUCAUAGCACGGCGAUGCUGCGCGUAUAGUAUACUAUACGUGUACAUCAUAACUGUUUGUAAAAUACAAGGCAUCUUGGAAACCUUUGGCUCUGCAGGAUGGAGGAAAUACUAAAAAAAAUGCAGAAGGACGCUUCUGGAAACAAGCACAAAGCAAUAAGGGAAGCCUGCGGUUUAGCGUAUGAGACCCUUGAAGCACAGAAUGGAUCAAUCGAUAUUAAGCCAUUUCAGCUGAGGGACAGAUGUCUGGUUCCUCUCAAACUGGCCCUGGAGUCCAAGAAUAUGAAGCUGGCACAGAAUGCCCUCAUUGGAAUGCAGAAGCUUCUGUCUGAAGAGAGAUUCGUAUCCAUGGAAACAGAUGCCACGGAAAAGCAGCUGCUGAAUCAGAUGCUGGAUGCUGUCAAAAUAACCCCAUCCCUUCAUGAAGAUUUGCAGGUCGAGGUUAUGAAGAUUUUGCUGUGCAUAACGUAUUCCUCUAACUUUGAGAUGAACAGGGACUCCAUUUUGAAAAUUGCUGAGCUGUGCCUGGCAUGUCAUGUUCCUGGAUCCCUCCGAAUGCAUGAAAUGAUAAAGAUUUCCAUUACUCAGAUCCUAAGCACCCUGUGCCAUCGUGUCUUUGUUGAUGCUAAUCCCAAGACCUCAAUCUCCCACAAGGUUUGCACUGAGACGUACCUGUCAAGCUGUCACCAGCGCAGUAUAAACACUGCUGUGCGGGCCACGCUCAGCCAAAUGUUGAGCGACUUGACCCUUCAGUUGCGUCAAAGGCAGGAGAACGUGGCAGCAGAUGGACAGGAAGAGUCUUUACCAACAUGUCGCCAGAAAGAUGCUUUGGCUACCGAGGAGUCUCUUUGCGAGGAUAUUGUUUCUGUUCUUGCUGUCUUCUGUGAGAAGCUGCACCUAGUUAUUAAUGAGAACAAGCAGCUCCAGCUUCUGUACCUGGAGUGUAUCCUCUCCAUGCUGAGCAGCUGUCCUCCCAGCAUGCACCUGCACAAAGGCUUCACAGACUUGAUUUGGAAGCAACUGUGCCCGGCCCUGAUUGUGAUCCUGGGGAACCCCAUGAAUGACAAAACCAUCACGUCGGCUCAUGGAGGGGUGUUGCAGGAGAUGGACACCUCCUCUCUUGGGCUCUCAGACCAUGGCCGUGGCUCAGGCUGCUCCUCCAGUGCCCCCACUCUCAUCGGUCCUGUGGCACGCACCAUUUACUACAUAGCGACAGAGCUGGUGCGGCUGGUAGGGUGUGUUGAGUCUAUGAAGCCAGUGCUGCAGUCACUCUACCACCGGAUACUGCUGUACCCCCCUCCCCAACACAGGGUGGAGGCCAUCAAGAUUAUGAAGGAGAUUCUGAGCAGCUCCCGGCGUCUUUUUGACGUGGCAGGGCCUGUCGUUUCUGAGCCAGAAACCAGGAAGAGGUCCUUAUCCAAAAGGAAGUCUCAUCUGGACCUCCUGAAACUGAUAAUGGAUGGCAUGACUGAAGCUUGCAUGAAAGGGGGGAUAGAGGCCUGUUUUUCAUCAGUGUCAUGUGUAUGUUCACUACUGGGAGCCCUGGAUGAACUGAGCCAGGGCAAGGGCCUCCAGCCCGAACAGGUCAAUCUUCUUAUGCGUCGUCUGGAGGAGCUGAAGGAUGGAGCAGAGUCCACCCGUGAAUCCAUGGAGAUCAACGAGGCCGACUUCCGCUGGCAGCGCCAUGUUCUCUCCUCGGAGCACACCCCAUGGGAGCCCAGCAAUGAGAAGAGCCCUGACAUCAGUAUCAGCGUCACCACGGAUACAGGCCAGACCACUCUGGAGGGUGACCUGGGGCAGACCACUCCUGAAGAGAACAUGGAUGAACCAAGAGCCAUUCUGCCUAGCCCUUAUGUACAAGACAAUGGGGAAUUCUCCAGCAGGGAAGCAGAGUUAGAAACAAAUGAGCAACCUGAUGUGAUCCAGAGAAGUCACGCCCUGGUCUACCCGGAUAUAACCAACUUCCUGUCAGUGGAGUGCAGGGCGAGGUCUCACGGGUCCCGAUACAGUGAAAGCAACUUCAGUGUGGAUGAACAAGAUCUCUCGAGGACAGAGUUUGACUCCUGUGACCAGUACUCCAUGGCAGCAGAGAAAGACUCUGGCAGGUCCGAUGUCUCAGAUAUGGGCUCCGACAACUGUUCUUUGGCAGAUGAGGAGCAGACCCCCAGAGACUGUCCUGGUCACAGGUCUCUGCGCACAGCAGCUCUCUCCCUAAAGCUGCUCAAGAACCAGGAGGCCGACCAGCACAGCGCACGGCUGUUUGUCCAGUCACUCGUCAACCUCCUCCCUCGUCUCCUCAGCCUCCAGAGGACCACAGAGGUGGACUCCUCGCUCCAGAACUUCUCCUCCACAUUCUGCUUGGGCCUGCAAGUCGGUGGUAUGCAUUCACCAGGAUUUGAAGCAAGCAACGACCUUAGUUGCCAGGCACUUAUGAAUGCAGAUGGACUGUACCUGGUCUCCUACUAUGCAAUCCUUCUCAACCUAAAACUGUGUUGCUGUGACUACUACAGAAAGAAGCCAGCUCCAGUUCUUGUUAGUUUGAAGGAGUUUGUGAGGCAGAUUCAGAGCAGUGGGGUGCUGGUGGUGCUGUCCCAGGCCUGGAUAGAGGAGCUGUACCAUCAAGUCCUGGACAGGAACCUGCUGGGAGAGGCUGGGUACUCGGGGACAGCGGAGGAGCACUCUCUGCCACUCAUCACUAUGCUGACAGAUAUUGAUGGCCUAGGCAGCAGUGCUAUUGGAGGGCAGCUGAUCCACAAGGCCUCAAUGCAGUCUCCUCUUUCUCAUGACAAAAGUGCAGAUGAUUCCGUGGUAGCAGGUAUGCUCUUUGCCCGCUACAUCCUGAUUGGUUGCUGGAAGAACCUGAUUGACACCCUUUCGACUCCGCUGACGGGCAGGAUGGCUGGGAGCUCCAAGGGCCUGGUGUUUAUCCUGGGAGCAGAGGGGGUGAAGGAACAAAACCAGAAGGAGAGGGACACCAUCUGCCUGAGCCUGGAUGGGUUGAGGAAAGCAGCGGGGUUGAGUUGCGCUUUAGGUGUUGCUGCUAACUGCGCCUCAGCUCUGGCCCAGAUGGCUGCUGCGUCCUGCGUACAAGAAGAUAAAGAUGACAAAGAAGCCCCUGAGUUUAGUGACACCAUAUCACAAGUGAAACAAAAGGUAGAGCAAAAGUUGGAACAGAUGGCAAGGCCCCAGGGAGUUCGGCUGCACACGGCUCAUGUGCUCUGCAUGGACGCCAUUCUGAACGUGGGCCUGGAGAUGGGUAGCCACAACCACGACUGCUGGCCACAUGUUUUCAGGGUGUGUGAGUACGUCAGCACUCUAGAGCACAGUCACUUCAGCGAUGGCUCCUCCCAACCAGCCGUCACAAUUACCCAAGCUCAGCAGGGGGUGGAAAUAGCCCUGGAGCUCAGGCAAGAAAACAGUCUGGAGCAGGACCUUACCCUCAGCCACCCAGUCAUCCAGCCUCUGUCCAUCCAAGAGCUGCUGAAGGAGACUAGCAAGGGCAAAGUGUUUGAUUUCCGGGGAGGAAGCCUGCUGAGUGGGAGUAGUGCUGCCAAGGCAGUUUGCACGCUCUCCACCCAGGCCGACAGGUUAUUUGAAGAUGCUGCUAACAAACUGAACCUGUCUGCCUUGGUAGGAUUUCUCCAUCAGCUGAGAAAAGCAUCCCAGGCUCAGCUCUUUAAUUCCGUGACAGAAAUGGGUGCCUACUCCUUGGCUAUGCCGGGCGAAGCCAAGUCAACUCAGGACCACGCCAGUGCGCUACACCUCUUCCGCCUGGGGGACGUGAUGUUGUGUAUUGUUAGGAGCAAGUCACGCCCACUGCUGCACAUGAUGAGGGCCUGGAGUGUGGUGGCUCCUCACCUGGUGGAGGCCGCUUGCCACAAGGAGAGACACGUUUCCCAAAAGGCUGUUUCUUUUAUACAUGACGUCCUCACAGAGGUCCUGUGUACCUGGAGCGAGCUGCCUCAUUUCCAUUUCAACGAGGCCCUGUUCCGCCCCUUUGAGCACAUCAUGCAGCUGGAGCUGUGCGACGAGGAUGUCCAGGAUCAGGUGGUCACCUCCAUUGGCGAGCUGGUGGAAGUGUGCUCCCCACAGAUAAAGUCUGGCUGGAGGCCUCUCUUCAGUGCACUGAGGACAGUGCAUGGUAAUAAGACCGAUGUCAAAGACUACCUGGUUGGCGAAUAUUCCAUGGGAAAAUGUCAAGCUCCUGUGUUUGAUGUCUUUGAAGCGUUUAUCAGUACCGACAACAUUCAAGUUUUUGCCAAUGCUGCCACUGAUUACAUUAUGUGCCUUAUGAAGUUUGUCAAGGGACUAGGAGAAGUGGACUGUAAAGAGAUUGGAGACUGCGUUCAUGGCUCCGGGUACAGUUCUACAGAUUUGUGCCUUCCUGCUCUAGACUACUUAAGGAGGUGUUCACAGUUGCUUGCCAAAAUCUACAAAAUGCCUUCCAAGCCUAUUUUCCUCAGUGCGCGAUUGGCCAGCUUGCCUAUGAAAGUGCAGGAGAGAUCCACCAGCAGUGAAGACGGAGUUGAGUCCAUUCUGGCAGAGUUUGAUGAUGACACUGGACUGAUCCAAGUCUGGAUCCUGUUACUGGAGCAGCUCACAGCUGCUGUCUCCAACUGCCCACGCCAGCACCAACCCCCAACGCUGGACUUGCUCUUUGAGCUGCUGAGAGAAGUCACCAAAACACCAGGGCCUGGGUUUGCCAUAUUUUCUGUCAUCCAGCUUCUCCUUCCUGUGAUGUCACUGUGGCUCCAGCGUAGCCAUGGCGACCACUCGUACUGGGAUGUAGCCGCAUCUAAUUUCAAACAUGCUAUUGGCUUGUCCUGUGAGCUUGUGGUGGAACAUAUUCACAGCUUCAUCCAUUCAGAUAUUGGUUAUGAAAACAUGAUUAAUUUGAUGCUGAAGGAUCUUUUCAAGCUUCUGGUUGCUUGUGUGGCGGAGCCUACUGAAACCAUCUCCAGAGUGGGCUGCUCCUGCAUUAGGUAUGUACUUGUUACAGCUGGACCUGUAUUUACAGAAGAGAUGUGGAGACUUUCCUGUUGUGCACUGCAAGAUGCUUUCUCUGCCACUCUAGAACCAGUCAAGAACCUGUUGGCCUGCUUCCGCAGCGGCUCAGAUAGCUUCUCUGGAGAUGCGUGUGAGGUGAAGGUAGCGGCUCCUUCCCACUCAGCAACUGCAGAGGCAGAGUACUGGAGAAUCCGAGCCAUGGCACAGCAGGUCUUCAUGCUAGAUACCCAGUGUUCUCCCAAGACACCCAAUAGCAAAGAGGGCUUCGAGCAUGCACAGUCCUGUGUACUUAUUAUUGAGUUACCUGCUGAUGAAAAAACAAAUGGCCACACUCAAAAAAGGAAAGUUGGAAUCCCAUUUAGAACCAUAGUGGUCAGCUUGCUGUCCCAUCAGGUGUUGCUUCAGAACCUAUAUGACAUUCUGUUAGAAGAGUUUGUGAAGAGCUCCUUCCAGGCAGAACCUCAAGAGAAGUCUACCCCGGUGUCAGAAACCAAGCCAGCUGGGUUCUUGAGAUACAUUUCCAUGCAAAACCUGGCCAUUAUCUUUGACCUGCUGCUGGACUCCUACAGGACUGCCAGAGAUUUUGACACUAGGCCCGGACUAAAGUACCUGCUCAUGAAAGUAUCAGGAGUCAGCGGGGCUGCCAACCUCUACCGCCAGUCUGCCAUGAGCUUCAACAUCUACUUCCAGGCCUUGAUCUGCGCUACCUUGACCAAUCAGGAGAACAUCACCGCCGAACAGGUGAAGAAGAUCCUCUACGAGGAAGAAGAGGGCAGUACGGACUCCUCCCAGCCGUGCUCCUCGGAGGAUGAAGACAUCUUUGAGGAAACAGCCCAGGUCAGCCCUCCAAGGGGAAAGGAGAAGAGACAGUGGAGAGCCAAGAUCCCCUCCCUCAACAUCCAGCCUGCUGGCAAUGCAGACUGGGCUUGGCUUGUGAAGCGCCUCCACAAACUCUGCAUGGACCUUUGUACCAACUACAUCCAGAUGCACCUUGAUCUAGAAAGUAACAUGGAUGAGCCCCCAGUGCUUAAAGCAGACACUAUUUUCUUUCUCCCACUGUUUCCUUCUGAGACUUCAACACCCUCAACCGGAGGUCUUUCAAGAAAGGCCACCCCAUCAGAAGAAAGUAUACGUAAUCAAGUUGUAGAGACGCCAGCAGAGGAGACACCAACAUCGGGGCUAAGCACGGGCUGCCUGCCACCACUGACCCACAAACUGGAAAAGAGAGAGCAGGGCAAGAAGAAGGAGUGGUGGGAGAGUGCUGGGAACAAGCUUUACACCAUCGCCACCGACAAAACCAUCUCCAAGCUUAUGGUAGAGUACAAGAAAAGAAAGCAGCAGCACAACUUGACUACCUUUGUGAAGGAGUCAAAGCAUGACAAGAAGGGGGACCUUGUCACACUACGGGCCCCAGACUCCCCGGUUCCACAGAGGCCACAGCAGCUUGUGGAUCAAGGUCAGAUGAGACAUUCAUUCAGCGCUGGCCCAGAGGUUUUGAGGCAGGAGAAACGACCCCGUUCAGGGUCUAUGGCCAGUUCCCAAAACAUUUCAUUGCGAGAUGCUGAAGCACAAAUACAGGCAUGGACCAAUAUGGUAUUAACAAUCCUCAAUCAAUUCCAGCUCCUUCCGGACCCAGCGUUUAUAGCUCUUCUGCCUGCUGUGUUUCCAUGCAUCAGUCAGCUGACGUGUCAUGUGACCGACGUACGGGUUCGCCAAGCUGUGAGGGAGUGGCUGGGGAGGUUGGGCAGAGUCUAUGACAUCAUUCUGUAAGACACAUUCCGUUUCUAAGAAGAAAAAAGAGAGAAAGAGAAAAUAAGAGAGAAAUAUAUGUAUUUUAUUUUAAACCAUAUUUUUUUCUUUCAGUGUUUUAUGCCUAAAUAAGGGGGUAGGCUUAUUUAUUUAUUUAUUUUUUGGUGUAGCGUUGUGACAGUAUUGGGGUGGAGAAAUGGGUAUAAGUGCUGAAUAAUAGUUCUAAUGUACUGUGCUAAGAUUGUAGAAUGCAUUUUAGCAGUAGUCGUGAUAAUUUUCCUGCAUUUACAGGUGGAAACUUGGCAUUUACCCCUUUAUCAAAAUGCAAAAAUGAGGAAAUUACAAAUGUUUCCUAAAAUGGAAAAAUAUAUAUAUUGGCAAGUGCAUGUGUAUGUAGACCUUUAAACACUUCUUCCCCAGAAUCCAAUGCUGAAAAAUCUACUCCCAGCCCUCUUUUUGCAACAACCAUGAAUCUGCUCUGAACUGAUGAGAAUCAUUACAGGAGUUAACUACAGUUUCAUGAGCGUCUGUAGUACAGGCACUCCAGGGAAGGUUAUCCCAAAACUCUUGUAAAGGCACCUAAACCCUAAUCUUGAUCUCUUUUUGCUUCCUGGGGCCGGUUUUUCAAAAUUUGUAAUCCUGGAUAAAAAUAAUUGUAAUUGAGAUUAUUUAUUUUUAUCUGGAACUUCUUGAUCCAGUUUUUCAGAAAAUGUCACUGCUGGAUUACAUUUAUCCAGGUUACAAAUAAUUACGAUUAUGAAAUCUGUGGGGGUUUUUUUUUUUUUUUUUUUUUUUUUUAAAAGUAAUCUUGAUCCCAAAAUAUAUGUUUUCAAAGUCCAGAUCACCUUUAUCCAGAUGACAAGUUUUAAAAAGCCAGCCCCUGGGUAUCAUUUUAUUUUUUUUUACAGUUUUACAGCUAAAUGUGCCCUAACGGUCCUGUUUUGACCUUUACACUCUAGUAGAUGUAAAAGUAUGUGUCCUCAAUUAGUAGAUUCACGGUACAUCUUAACGGUUUUAUGCUGCAGACAUCUAGGCACUUAACUCUAGACCUCAGACUGCUCUAAAUCUUUACAAUAGUUAUAAUAUUAAAAUAUCCAUAAGGGUUCUUAGUUAUUACUCCAUUGUACCUGUGGUCUACCUCCUGGAGUUUACCGUCCAGACAACCAGAUUUUGUUUGAUCCCACUUGUCUGGCACCUCUUCAUUUUCAAAUGCAGGACAAGGGGGUUUCCCCUAUUUUAUUCUGUAAUGAUAUAUUGCCUUGUUUUUACUCCUUCAAGCUGAUGUGGCUCCAGUAGACUUGUUAGAUGCAGUAGGUCUGGAUUUCAAAUGGCAAAUAUGAGCCACCAGCAUGUUCUUGCAUUAAAAAAACAGUAAUGGAUGUCCUCCAUCUAAGUGUUUACUGUCAACUAGUAAAUUAUACUCGG